ACCAAGAAAUCAUUAUAAAAUGUCCGGAUUUCGAGGCACUGCUGCACAGCCAAGCUCAAGCCCAAGCCUUCCUCUCCUCCUCCUGCUGCUGCUGCUGGCUGCUCCUGCUAGUGAGGUGGUGGACUCCUUCCCCACUUCACCGUCUCCUCUUGUGUUGUGUCCGCUUCUCUCUCCCCCUUCGCCAUCGGCGUCCUCCUCAACCCACCACCUCUCACAGCCUCAUCAUAUUACGGGCGAACUGUGCAAAGAUCCUAUCUUUUUUUGUUUUCUGCAGCUUAUUAUCCUUUCGCGUUCUUGGUUUGCUACUGCUGCUGCCGCCGCCGCCGAUUGGGGGGUGUUGCUGCGGCGGCGGCGCGUGCCUAUCUUGCACAGAAGAGAAUUAGUCCUUGCUUCUUGUUGAGCGAGUUGGUUGGUUGGCUGGCUGGCGGCAUGAGGUGUGGGGAGUGAGUGCCAUGGUGCGCGUUGAUUGCUGUUGGUGAAAUGGAUAGCAGGCUAGGAGGAGCGGCGGCGGGGGCGGCGGCGGCGUCGGACGCGCGCGGCGGGAUGUCAGCCGGCCUCGCGGCUCCUCACCACGCCAUCCACACAAACGUGAACAACAUGCAGCAUACUCAAGUUACUGACUUUGGGGCGCUUGCUCAGUCUGCUGGAUUCCGAAUUGAAGAUCUUGCCAAUCUUAGUACAAAUAGUUUGUUCAAUCUGAAGUCAAAUGCUCAUACCAUUAUCAACGACCCCCUCCAAUUUGGAAAUUAUGGAAAGUCUAUUCCUCCGUCUAAUAUAACUACAACAGCAGCAGUAACAGUAGUUGACCCUCAGACACUGGUCCCAGAAAUGGGAGCACAGCUGAAUUUGGCAACUAUAAGAACUGGUAAUGUUGAGAAUUGGGGAGAAUCGACUAUGGCUGAUACAAGUCCAAGAACUGAUACAUCAACAGAUCCAGACACUGAUGAGAGGAAUCAGAUGCAGUUUGAACAAGGACAGCUAGCUGCCCCCACAGCUUCUGAUUCUAGUGACAGGUCAAAGGAUAAACUAGAUCACAAGACACUUCGCCGCCUUGCCCAAAAUCGUGAAGCAGCUAGAAAAAGCCGUUUAAGAAAGAAGGCAUAUAUUCAAAACCUUGAGACUAGCAGAUUAAAACUUACUCAGUUAGAGCAAGAGCUUCAGCGGGCUCGUCAACAGGGUAUUUUUAUAUCGACAACGGGAGAUCAGUCCCACUCAGUGAGUGGAAAUGGAGCUUUGGCAUUUGAUAUGGAGUAUGCACGGUGGUUGGAGGAGCAUAACAAGCAUAUAAAUGAGUUAAGGGCUGCAGUUAAUUCACAUGCUAGUGACAAUGAUCUUCGGAGUAUAGUUGAUAAUAUUAUGGCACACUAUGAUGAAAUUUUCAAGCUCAAGGGUGUGGCAGCCAAAGCAGACGUUUUUCAUGUGCUGUCGGGAAUGUGGAAGACCCCUGCUGAGAGGUGCUUCAUGUGGCUAGGUGGCUUUAGAUCAUCUGAGCUUCUUAAGUUAUUGGCAGGACAAUUAGAGCCUCUUACAGAACAGCAGCUUGCUGGCAUAGCCAACCUGCAACAAUCCUCCCAACAAGCUGAGGAUGCUCUUUCUCAAGGGAUGGAAGCGCUACAACAGUCGCUUGCAGAGACCCUAGCAUCUGGAUCUCUGGGCCCUGCAGGAUCCUCUGGUAAUGUUGCAAACUACAUGGGACAAAUGGCAAUGGCUAUGGGAAAACUUGGCACCCUAGAAAACUUCCUACGGCAGGCUGAUAAUCUGCGGCUUCAAACUCUUCAGCAAAUGCAACGCAUAUUAACCACUCGCCAGUCAGCAAGAGCUCUACUUGCCAUAAGCGACUACUUCUCCCGGCUUCGUGCUCUGAGUUCUCUUUGGCUUGCCCGUCCAAGGGAAUGAAUUGGAUUGAUUCAUAAGUAGGAUAUUGUUAGGUAAUGUAUCUCUAAUGUUAUAUCAGAUAGGAACUGAGGUAUUCCCUACUUCCUAGAUUCUUCAAAAAUCAAAAUGUUCAUGUAUUGGCGACAGACUGGGAUCACUAUCCUUUCAUGUAUGUCUUCAAGUGAAUGUUCAAUGCAUAUUGUAGUUUGUAUAUGACAUCAUAUUAUGAGUUGUUGGGCAAAUUUGUAUAACAUUUUUUUUGGUUGAAAAGAGCUGGGUAUGUAAAUAGUUGCAGAAUAAUUUUAGAGCUUAUCCAGUGAUUAUAUUGGAGGGUACAACUU